UUUUGCUUGUCUAUUAUAUCUGUAUCUUGUGGAAGCCCUUGUUCCAAGAGAAAAACUGCAAGCGUUCGAUUUCUCCUCUCAACUAAGUACACUCACUUUCGAAGGUUUCUCCAAAAAUUGUUCGCAACAGCUAUCCAAGUAUGUCACGGAUCUCUUGGAGAUGAAGCGAUGGGCAGUAGAAAUGUAUGACGCGUCGGGAAAAUAUCCACCGGCGACACUAGACGGCAACUCUUUCGCACUGGGAUCAUUGGACCAGUGUAUAAAUAUCGCUGAAGGUCCACCAGGAACAGAAAUUUCCGGAAAGUACUGCCUUGGCAGAGUUACUCCACGUUGGGAGAUGACUUUGGAGACGAAAACUGCUACAUCUCAAUUGGAUGAUACCGUUAUUGGUUACUGCAUACCAAGUACAUGCACAGCAAAAGAAUUUGAAAGCUAUUAUGCAAAUAGUGGACUGGAAAGGGUAUCGGAGCUUUCUUGCCAAACAAAAAAAGAUCAUUUCCAAUUCGACGUCGGAACCAAAGUUGUUUUAACCUUUUUUGCGCUGUGGAUUUUAUGGAUAAUAUUCUCAACUGCUUAUGAUAUAGUAAUUCAACACUUGAACAAGGAGCCGUCGCAUUGGUUGUUAGUUUCCUUUUCCUGUUACACAAACACCAAGAGACUUUUUGAUAUAACCACAGACGCAACUGAGAUCACUUGUUUACAUGGAUUGCGAGUAUUAACGAUGAUAUGGAUCAUUUUAGUGCAUCAUUAUUUGAGUGUUUCUAAUUUUCCGGAAAGAAGUAACUACAAAGAAGAUUUUUACGCUGCUCAUAUUACAAGCGGUAUAAUUGCCACAGGAGCCGAAACUUCGGUCAAUACUUUCUUUUUGUUAAGCGGAUUGACAUUGUCCUAUGUUUUCAUGAGAAAAACAGGCAAGCUUGGGAAGUUCAAUCUAUUGGCGUUUUACGCUCACAGAUAUGUUAGAUUAACACCGACACUGGGUGUCAUUGUUCUUGUUUAUGUCUUCUUAUUGAAGUACAUGGGAUCCGGGCCGCUGUGGCCCGAACUCGCUCGACGAGUGUCUGCCCCAUGUGAGACAAAUUGGUGGAAAACCUUACUGUAUAUUCAAAACAGUGACAAAUACAUAUGCGUAGAGCAGACAUGGUUUCUUGGGAUGGACACGCAACUCUACUUUCUGUCACCACUGUUACUAUUGCCCUUACUAAAAAAGCCAAGAUUAGCUCUAUACGUAAUUGGAGGUCUUGCUAUGUGCUGCGUGGCUUUGAGUAUUAUUCCAACGCUGCUCUUUAUACGAGCUAGAAGUCAAUAUUCCCCGACUAUUAGGCAGAUACAUGAUUGGGCCCCUUAUAACGUGGCUGGUCCGUGGUUGCUUGGAAUUAUUUUGGGCUACCUCAUAUACAGUAACAGUAACAGAAAGGCGGACACAAAUAUUAAUAAAAUCUAUGUUGUAGUUAUCUGGACGACUGCCGUUGCUGUGAUACUAGCUUGCAUGUUUUAUCGAUUUAACGAUACUGCGUUAGUGGCUAUUGCAAAACCGCUUAGACGAACUGCAUGGGCGGUUGCUGUGGCGUGCAUCGUUUAUGCUUGUCAAUUUGGAUAUGGUGGGAUAGUAAACAGGUUUUUGUCCAGCAAAAUAUUUAAAUUUUUAUCUAGGAUAUCGUAUAGUGUCUUCUUAUCGCAUCUUUUAAUUCAAGUCGUGGUAAUCGAAGGCAUGCAGAUGCCUGUCGUUAUAUCGCAAAGCUAUUUGCUGGAAAUACUACUGACUAACUUUGCCAUAACACUUCCAGUAUCAAUUCUUUUAACAGUAACAUGUGAAUCCCCACUCAUAUCCAUCGAGAAAAGGAUACUAAGCAGUCCUAGAAAUCAAAUCAAAAAUUCGGCGAGUUAAAAAACGUCUGUUGUGGCUUUUGGAUAACGUUAACCGUCCUUAUUAAUAUCACUAACAUUAAAGACAAACAGUUAGACAUUGUAAUAUAUGUGUAAUUCAAGUAAAUUUUAACAUUGUA